AUGUCCCAGAAUCUCCAGUACCCUCCAAGGUUUUACUGCGUGUAUUUGCUUCGAUCGAUAGCGAAAAAAAACUCCUUCUACAUCGGCUCGACCCCUGAUCCGUACCGACGACUUCGACAGCAUAACGGGGAGCUGGCCGUUGGUGGAGCAGACAGAACGAAGAAAAACGGAUUAAGACCAUGGCAAAUGACUUUGGUUGUUUAUGGGUUUCCGUCGAAAACUUCAGCAUUACAGUUUGAGUACGCGUGGCAUUAUGCCUACCAGACGCGACAUAUUCCGGUCAAGAAACGUAUAGGAACGAGAAAUAGUGGCAGCAGUGUGCAUAUAAAAAUAGCCAAUCUCAAACUGUUACUGAGCGCGCACGCAUUUGGACGCAUGGGACUUCGAGUUGCAAUUUUUCAAAAGGCCAUAUAUGACAUUUGGGUCGUCAAUCGCUACAACGUUGCAGUCUCGGAGUCUGUCCUUUUGAAGCUUGAUUUUGAGGAAAAUCAACAAAAAUUAAUAGAAGGUGGAAAUUACGAACAAAUGAAGGCAUUUGUAAAAUCCUUGGAGAAGGAAGAGGAGGACUACUUUGAAAUUUCUUUGGAAAAAUUGGAGGAAAAUAACACUCGCAAAUGUUGCGUCUGCCAUCGAGUGGUGGAUCAGUUUGAGGACGUGCUAGGGUUCUGUGCUAGCAAAGACUGCCACGCUCUGUAUCAUGUCCAAUGCUGGGCAGAAGAGAUGACUAAAGAUGUUGUUUCUGAGCCGCUCUCCCAUUCCGUUCUUCCGCUCACUCCCGUGAAAGGCAAAUGCGUCAAAUGCCAAAAGGUCAACUGGUGGUGGCCAAUGAUCAAAAACUCCAUGAGGCUACACCAACACUUUACAGAAAUCGGAAGACCAUGCAUUGAAAAUUAA